AUGGGCGAAUCGUGACGAGACGAAUAAUUAGUGGGGCGAAUGUAUAUUACCGGAAGUAGUCUGAACGAGAAAGUACGUGAUUUGUCCUUUCCAUUAAACAAGCCAACAUGGGUAUCUCCCGUGAUAAGUGGCAUAAGCGUAGGUCGACCGGUGGUCGCAUGAACCAACUUCGAAAGAAGAGGAAAUUUGAACUUGGUCGUCCACCAGCACAAACAAAGCUUGGUCCCAAGCGUAUUCACACUAUCAGAACCCGUGGUGGUAACAAGAAAUACAGGGCACUUCGUCUCGAUACAGGAAACUUUUCAUGGGGUUCAGAAGCAAUUUCCAGAAAGACUAGGAUCAUCGAUACUGUAUACAAUGCCAGUAACAAUGAAUUGGUGAGAACUAAGACACUUGUGAAAAGUGCUAUUGUACAGAUUGAUGCCACCCCAUUCAGACAAUGGUACGAGGCCCACUAUGCUGCUCCUCUUGGUCGUAAAAAGAAUAUUAAAUUGACAGAACAGGAAGAGGCCAACCUAAACAAAACCAGGUCAAAGAAAACAAUGAAGAAAUACGAGGAGAGACAAAAAUCUAAACAAGUAGAGCAGGCCCUUGAGGACCAGUUUGCUACUGGCCGUGUUUUAGCUAAGAUUGCAUCAAGACCAGGCUGCACUGGGCGAUGUGACGGUUAUAUCCUUGAAGGCAAAGAGCUCGAAUUCUACAUCAGAAAAAUGAGAACCAAGAAGGGGAAAUAAUCUGUGAAAUAUCUGUACAGUGUGAAAAUAAAAAAAAGGACAAACAAAA